AUGCCGACGGACGAUGGAGAUUCUGCCCAAAACAUCCCCAAUGCACCCGCUAUGAAAGUGGGAAAUAUGCGUGUAGCUACGAAGCACAGAGAUUCGAAUGAAAAGGCACUGACUACUGCCGAAUAUAAUAAACAGGCCGAGGAAUACAAUUCGGAAAUAGUAGCUCAUCCACAACAUGACUUUCUCACGAAAGAGGAGCUCGAAUUUCAUGACAAAACUGUUCGUGAAAUGCAAAACAAACCUGAGCCAACAGUGGUGAAGCCGACCCAGCCAAGCCCUGGUAGCAAGGGUUCGAUGCGCAUCUGCCACCAACCUUAG